GCUGGCCGGAGGUGGCUCUGCCGGGCACCCCGCAGCCCGCCCGCCAACAGCGAGCCGCUCUCCUCGUUUCCUUCCCAGCGGCGGAUCCCGCUGCUGCCGGUAUAAAACAUACAUGGCUCCUGGUUCUUCGAAUGAGAAGAAAACUGAUGAUGGACAGGCUUCAAAAGAGAAUUUUAUUCAUCUCUGCAACCCUCACCUGGAGAAAAUGAAAGAAGACAUCCUGUACCAUUUUGCUCUUGGGACUGGUACCCAUGAUUUUCCAACAUUGUUUGGGGAUGUAAAGUUUGUGUGUGUUGGAGGAAGUCCUUCCCGGAUGAAAGCUUUUAUUGCCUACAUAGCAGAGGAGCUGGGGCUGGGGAGCCCCGGAUGUGACUACCCCAACAUCUGCGCAGGCACCGACCGCUACGCGAUGUACAAAGUGGGGCCUGUUCUGUCUGUCAGUCACGGUAUGGGCAUUCCUUCUAUUUCAAUCAUGUUGCACGAACUGAUCAAACUGUUGUAUCAUGCCAAGUGUUCCGACAUAACCAUCAUUCGCAUCGGCACCUCUGGUGGAAUAGGUCUGGAGCCAGGCUCAGUGGUUAUAACUAGGCAGUCUGUAGAUGCCACCUUCAAACCUCAGUUGGAGCAGGUUGUUCUGGGAAAGACAGUAAUUCGCAGCACUAACCUGGAUGAACAGCUGGCUAAGGAGCUGAUGCAGUGCAGUAGAGAGAUUGGUCAGUUCAACACAGUUAUUGGAAACACCAUGUGCACUUUGGAUUUCUAUGAAGGACAGGGCAGGUUGGAUGGUGCAAUCUGCUUAUAUGAUGAAGAAGAAAAACUGCAAUACUUGAAAAAUGCUUAUGAGUCUGGUGUCAGAAACAUAGAGAUGGAGUCUUCUGUAUUUGCUGCAAUGUGCAAUCUCAGUGGUGUCAAAGCUGCUGUAGUGUGUGUCACUCUUCUGAAUCGGCUUGAAGGGGAUCAAAUCACCAGCUCACAUGAUGUCCUUGUGGAGUACCAGCAGAGGCCACAGAAGUUAGUGGGAUAUUUCAUUAAGAAAAGUCUUGGGAAAGUAUGAAAUACCCAUCUCGUGUUUUAGAGAAGGAGAAGGCCUUUGUGCAGAUCCAGUCGCGAUUAUGACUUCUGUGCAUUACAGGUCUUUUCCCUCAGAAUAACUUACAGCAUUCCGUGUGUCAGUGGAAAUUAAUCAUUUAUGUCACUGCUCUUUGGGAACUGAAUGUGCUGAACGGACUUCAGUUAACUUUUGUUUAGUUAUGCAUUGCUGGAUACAAAACUCACUUUUCUGUGAAUUGAAAAGUGAAUCUGUUGUGAAGGACAAGCCUGUGAUAAUACAUAAUACAAGCUUUAUUUAUGCCUGCUUUAAAAGAAAAACCAGAGAGAAAAUCAAACUUUGUUGCCAAGUACGUACAUACCAGCAAAUUUAACUUAAAAAUUUGAAUAAUUUUCUUAUUGUUAUAAAAAAAGUUGUGUAAGUUAUAAUAGUCUUUGUUGUUUCACUUGUAAAGAAAACUUAAAGUGAAUGCAGGUUUUUUUUGCAGACUUUGACAAAUAAACAAUACUAUUUUCAUAUAUUAAAAUUUAA